CGCCGCGUCCCGUGACGUCAGCACGCAGAGCGUCCGGUGAUGUAAGUAGGUCGCCAAGCAGCGGGUCUGGGCCUAGAAACUGAGCCGAAGCAUCCUCGGGCUCGGAGUUUAAGGCGCUCGCCGAGACAGCGUGUCAACAGCUGGGAGCCUUGCGGCGGUGACACAUCCGGACUGGUGCUGCUGAAAAGGGCUAUUGGAGGGGAUUCGAAAUGGUGCCACACAAAGCCAGCCUGCCCGAAACCAUGGACAAGAUCGACAUGUCCCUGGGUGAGAGCUUGCACGGGCUGCCAGGAGGGCUCCCCGGGGUGUAAUCCGCUCACCGAGCUGUAUAUACCGCGCUGGGCUGGCUUACAGUAUGGGGAUACAGCGCCGAGCUGGACAAGUGCCUGCAUGGGACCUGCAUUAUCCGCUAGAUAUAUAUCUGUGAUGGGCAACCUCUGGCAUGCUCGGCUUUUGGGAACUGACUCUCUACAUGAUGCUGGCUGGCUGGCUGAGCAUCAUGGGAAACGUAGUGCACAGCUGCUGCAGUGCCAAAAGUUGAUUAUCACUGGUAUAUAGCAUUUCCUGAAGAAUAGGGUGUUUUGUUUUGGUUUUUUGUGUUUACUAGCUGUAUAUGGAAGGUUUACGUUCUAAAUUGGAAUCAGUGGAAACCAUCUUAGUAUCUCUCCUCAUUUCUUGAAAUGAACUGCUUUUUAUUAAAGAUUGGUCAAUUCCUAAAUGGGUGAUGGCAGCUGGAAGUGAGGCUAAUUGGAAUUUUGAGAUGAGAAGUUACUAAAUCAGGACCGUUCAAUAAUACAAUUGUUUUGUUUUCCUUUAAUGCCUGUAAAUUGUUCUGGAGAUGAAAUGCAUAGGUGUUAAGUGGGUAUUAGUAGUAUUAAAAUACAUGCCCCAGUGUGACAGAUUUUUUUUUUUUUUAAUACGAUUACUCCACCUGCCUACCAUGCCUUAUGUGUACAUCUGUUUCCCAAACUGACACCUAGAAUUUGCAUAGUAAUGGGGGGUGGGUGGGAGAAGGAUUCCUGAAAAGGAGUGUGUCAUCUAUACCCUGUGCACACCCCUGUCAAACCUGUCUUUUCAUGGCUUUUCACUUUUUUUUUUUUUUUUGGUUUGUUUACCAAGGUAGUAGUGCUUGUAUAUUUAACCCCUUAAGGACACAGCUUCAGAAGCUUGACUUACGCUUAAUGACACAAGCAAUUUUUGCAUUUUCUUGCUGUUUGCGUUCAACUGCAAUUUGCAUCUCUCUCAUUUAUUGCACCGACACAUAUUAUAUACUGUUUUUUAAAGGACAGAAAGGGCUUUAAUUUGAUAUAACAUAUAUAUAUAUAAAUGCUUACUUAUUAUAAAAAAAAUACAGAAAAAUGCAAAAAAAAUGAAAAAUAUUGGUUUUUUUUACAGUUUUUGCAAUAAUAAUGUGUGCAUAAUUAGUGCAGGUUAAGGAAAGUAAUUGAAAAUAAAUUUAUUUAUUUGUUCUGAUUUACAGAAUAUAUAAUGUGUCUGGGAUUUUAAGUUUUUUUUGGUAGUUACAGGUCACAAAGCACAAGGAGUAAAAUAAAAUUUUAAUGUGGAGCGAUUUUAGAAUUUGGUAUGUUUGUCUUGUAAGCUUAAUAGCCAUAAAAGAAAACAAAAUUGCCACACAAAAGUAUAUAUUUAUAUAAAGUAGACAUCACGGGCUAUUUACCUAAGGUUGUUUUGACACUUUCUACGUAGCCAUAUUACCGCCAACCUCUGCUAAAUAUUGGAGUAAAAUUGUGUUCUUUUUGGUUUUUGGCACACAAACUUAUAACAGAGAAAUUCUCGUGUAUAUUUUGUGAAGUUGGUGUGUGCUAUUCCUGUACAAAGUUUUAUUUUGUGUUCAGUUAUAUCUGCUGAGUAAAAUGACACCCCCAUUGUAUGUCUUUUGCACUAUUUCGUGAAGUUACAGUGCCAUACAGGAUACCUGUCCUUUUCAGUAUUCACAGUAGAAUUUUGAGAGAUUAAUUUAAUGAGCCUUAGCUUCCAUUUGGGGUAUUAUAACAGUUUGACUGUUCAAAAAAAACCCACAAAGGCCUACCAUUUGUAAAAGUAGACACUCCAGGGUAUCUUAUAAGGUGCAUAUUGUGCCUUAACAUGCCCCCAUUUUUUCACCAAUAUAUGCCAAAGUAUGUGGUAAAAAAAAAUUUUGUGCAUUUUUUACAUACGGAUUGCAUUUUUGCUGGGCGUUUUGUAUAUUUCAUAUGUGCCACUAAGUUCAAACCCCCCAAAUUAUGCUCAGCUAAGUCUUCUGAGUAAAAUGACACCCCAUAUGAAUGUCUUUGGCACUAUUUCGUGAAGCUACAGUGCCAUAUAGGAGACCUGUCCUUUACAGUAUUCACAGUAGAAUUUUGAGAGAUGGAUUUAAUGAGCCUUAGCUUCCAUUUGGGGUAUUAUAACAGUUUGACUGUUCAAAAAACCCCACAAAGGCCUACCAUUUGUAAAAGUAGACACUCCAGGGUAUCUCAUAAGGUGCAUAUUGUGCCUUAACAUACCCCCAUUUUUUCACCAAUAUAUGCCAAAGUAUGUGGUAAAAAAAUUAUUUUGUGCAUUUUUUACAUACGGAUUGCAUUUUUGCUGGGCGUUUUGUAUAUUUCAUAUGUGCCACUAAGUUCAAACCUCCCAAAUUAUGCUCAGCUAAGUCUUUUGAGUAAAAAUACACCCCCAAUGAAUGUCUUUGUCACUAUUUUGUGAAGCUACAGUGCCAUAUAGGAGACCAAGCCAUAUCCGUUUUUACCAAACUUUGAAUUUUGACGCUGGGCCUAUGUGCAAUUUCCAAGCAUCUUCGCAGGUUUUAAAUUCAAUCUACCCCACAAAGGCCUACCAUUUCUUAAAGUAGACACCCCAGGGUGUUUCAAAAGGUAUAGUUUGAACCUUAGCGUGGGAUCAUUUUUCCGCUAGCUUGUACCAGAUGUAGUGGUAAUAAGCGUUUUUUCUGCCUUUUUGACAUACAAAGUGAGUUUGCACAGUAUAUUUUGCAAACCUUAUGUGUGCUACGACUGUAUAAUACUUCAUAUGUUGCUCAGCUAUGUCGGCUGAGUACAGCAAUACCCCCGUAUGUACCUUUGCCAGGUAUGUGUGGACAUCGGAGGGGCACAUUUGGGACACAGCCAUUCCAGUUUUUUUCAAACUUUGAAUUUUUAUGCUGUGCCUAUGUCCCAUUUUAGAGUAUUUUACCAGGCUAUAUAAUCCAAAUUCCCCAUAAAGCCAUACCAUUUCUUAAAGAAGACAUCCCAGGGUAUUUCAAAAAGGCAUAUUUUGAACCUCAGCGUGGGAUCAUUUUUCCGCUAGCUUGUACCAAGUGUAGUGGUAAUAAGCAUUUUUCUGCCUUUUUGACAUACAAAGUGAGUUUGCACAGUAUAUUUUGCAAACCUUAUGUGUGCUACGACUGUAUAAUACUUCAUAUGUUGCUCAGCUAUGUCGGCUGAGUACAGCAAUACCCCCGUAUGUACCUUUGCCAGGUAUGUGUGGACAUCGGAGGGGCACAUUUGGGACACAGCCAUUCCAGUUUUUUUCAAACUUUGAAUUUUUAUGCUGUGCCUAUGUCCCAUUUUAGAGUAUUUUACCAGGCUAUAUAAUCCAAAUUCCCCAUAAAGCCAUACCAUUUCUUAAAGAAGACAUCCCAGGGUAUUUCAAAAGGCAUAUUUUGAACCUUAGCGUGGGAUCAUUUUUCCGCUAGCUUGUACCAAGUGUAGUGGUAAUAAGCAUUUUUUCUGCCUUUUUGACAUACAAAGUGAGUUUGCGCAGCAUAUUUUGCAAACCUUAUGUGUACUAUGACUGUAUAAUACUUCAUAUGUUGCUCAGCUAUGUCGGCUGAGUACAGCAAUACCCCCGUAUGUACCUUUGCCAGGUAUAUGUGGAUGUUGAAGGGGCGCAUUUGAGACGCAGCCAUUCAGUUUUUUUCUAACUUUGAAGUUUUACGCUGUGUCCAUGUUCCAAUUUGGAAUAGUUUAGACGGUUGGUUAUUGAAACUUCCCCACAAACACAUACUAUUUAUUAAAGAAUACACCCUGGGGUAAUUCAAAAGGCAUAUUUUGAACCUUGGCGUGGGAUAAUUUUUUCUCUAGUUUGUUCCAGGUGUAGUGGUAAUGAGCGUUUUUAAAAUGUAUUUUUUUACUUUUUAUAACUUUUUUACUUUUAAAAACUAGUUUUUAAACUUUUGUUUUGCUUAUAAAUUUUUUUUAAACUUUCCUAAACUUUCUUAAAACUUUUUUACAGAUUUAACAUUUUUCUAAGCUAUUUUUUUUACUGUUAACCCCUAACUAGCAGUACGCAGCACUAACAGUAAAUUUCCCAUAACUCCCACCCACCCCAGCUAGCAAAAUAUAUAGUUAUAAAAUAUUUAAAUUAAUUAAUUAAAUAAAUUGAACCCCUGAGGGUUAAAAAAAUAAAUAAAAGUUAAUCCUCAGGGGUUAAAAAAAAUUAGAUCACAGUAUAAUACUGUGAUCUCUAUUUGAUCGCUGUAGGCAGUGAUCGACUGGCAGGGAAGGGGUUAAUUUUUAUUUGGACUAGGUAAAGUGUGUUUUUUUGUUUUUAUUACUUAAAUGUUAUUAAAACAUUUUUUUAAGCUUAAUUUUUAACUUUUUAAAGUUUCUUUUAAAACUUUUUUUUAACGUUAACCCCUAGUUAGCCUAACGCCAAAUCCCCCAAUUCCCCACUAACUUCCACCUACCCCAGCUAUCUAAAUAUAUAAUUUAAAAAUAAUUUAAUUAAUUAAUUUAAUUAAUUUAACCCCUGAGGGUUAAAAAAAAAAAAGAAUUAACCCUCAGGGGUUAAAAAAAAAAAUCAGAUCAUAGUAAAAUGUAAUCCCUGCCAAUUGAUCACUGUAGUCAGUGAUCAAUUGGCAGGGAAGGGGUUAAUUUUUUAUUAAAAUGGGUAAGGGGGACUUUAAAUAAACUUUAUUUUUUUAAACAGCAGGGGGCAGGAUCAGCACUGAUCCGGCUCCCUGCACUUCACACAGAACCCGGAAGUGCAGGGAGCCGGUAGGUAAGUAUUCAGAGCACAUGUGCUCGCUCCGACUUGUGGUCAGAGCGAGCACAUGUGCUGGGCAGCUUGACCGGGUGCUCCCGGUAUGCCUCCAAUGCGGAGGCAUACCGGGAGCACCAUUAACCCCGCGAUCGCGGCGAUCCGGGGUUAAUUUUACCGCGUGACGGACGAGGUCCGUCACCCGUCGUUAAGGGUCUCCCCUGUGUGACGGACCUCGUCCGUCACCCGUCCUGAAGGGGUUAACAAAAACAUAGUGAAUUGAUAAUCAAAUUGCAAUGUUUAGGCAUAAAAACAACUGAUUUGGACAAAUUCAGUAACACUGCUAUAGUUCUGCUUUGGCUAUUUUAACUUACAUUUUGCGAUUUGGAUUUUACACUACUACAGUUUAAUAAACUCAAUUUUUCCUCAUUACUUUAAUGUUUCUUCACUGAACUCCAUAGUGUACAAAGUUGAAAUCAGAAUUGCAAAUUUCAUACUUAUCGGAUGCUAAAAUAAACUCCACGUCUGCUAUAGCCACAGCAACUUGGUUAAUUUAAAGCUUCAGUUUUGUAAUUUUAGAUUUAAAUCUAGUAUAUGUUGGACAUUACUAGAUAACCUAUUUUGUGGCUGAAAUUUUCACUAGAAUGAUCUUUUUAGCUUGUUAGGGCUUUUGCAUUCUUUUGGACUCUAGAAAUCAAAGCCACUAGUGCAAUUGUGUUAUCACGACAACUCAAUGUUAAUCUUAUCCUGAACAUUUGUGAUAUGCUAAAUGCUGCAAUGCUAUUGUUUUACAGAUGAUAUCAUCAAACUGAACAAGCAGGAGCAAAAGAAAACCUUUAAUGGAAGAUCACAGUUCAGUCCUUACCCGCAGUUUAAAAACUGGGGUAGAUUCGGAGCUCGGCAUUAUUCAGGUAUCUUUUAAUGAUUUUGGGCAUCUAACAAUACAUUAGCUUUUUCUAGAUUUAUACCCAAUAAAACAGUGAGGUCUUUUGAAGCACCGGCAUCAAAUAGUGUAUGCACACCACUUUUUAAAGAAAUUAUCAUGCCCAAUUUUAAGGGUUUUUUUUUUUUUUUUUUUUUUUUUAAAACAUCCUAGCCUCUCAAAGCUUAGAAAGCAGAGGGUGCAAGGAGAUGCACAUUACUGACUAGCUACGUUUACAAAGGUAAAUGUUUAUAUUGGUGAAGUUAGGGACCAAUACAUUUUACUGAUUACUUAACUUCAUUGGCAGUGACACUUACCUGAUAGUUAUUCAGCAAGAUGAAGUUUUCUAGUGAGGCACAGGUUUCUUUAACUCCCUGCUUGGAUUUGCUAAUUAACCCACGCUAUGCCAACGAGCCAGUUGCUCCUUUUUACACUACCAAAAAUGGUGGAGUGGGGAUUUCCCAUCAGGCACAGUGAAGUUGACUUCCUCAUCUGUGGGGCACAGUACAGCAGCAGGAGGGUCAGUGUUUAAGAAUAUAAAAUUGUGAAGAUACUAUGUGUUUUACAUUGUGGUUUGGCAUAAUUUUAAAUCAAUUUAGCUUUAUUUUUGACAAAUGUAGUUUCCUUAUGUUACGUUGUGGAAAUAUUAAAAUAUGACUCGCGUAGUAAUAAAAAAGUGUGUAUAUUUGUACAGUGAUCAGUCCUCAUUCUGCACUCAAUACCCAUUAAUGACAAAGCAAAAAGCAGGUUUUUGAAAGUUUAUAAAAAAGAAAAACCUGAAAUAUCACUUUAUCAUAAGUAUUCAGACCACUUUUUAUGGCACUUGAAAUUUUUCAGAAUUAUCUUUAAGAUGAUUCUCCCCUUUUUUUUUCUUUUUUUUUUAUUGGAGUCCAGUUGUAGCAUAUUCAAUUAAUAGGCAAUGCCUUUGAAAGACACACACCUAUUUAUAAAGCGUCUCACAGCGGUAAAUGCAUAUCCGAGCAAAAAUUAAGCCAUGAGAGCAAAUGAAUUGCUUGCAUUGAAGAGCACACUGGCUUCCAUAAUUCUUAAAUGGAAGAAGUUUGGAACAAUCCGUUCUCUAAUUACAGCUGGCCACCUUGCCAAACUGAGCAAUCAGGGAGAAGAGCCUUGGUAAGAGAUGUAACAAAAAUCCCAGUGGUCAUUCUGGGUGAGCUUCAGAGAUCAUGUGUAGAGAUUAGUGACAUUUGUGGAAGAACAACCAUCACUGCAGCACUCCAUCAGUCUUGCCUUUAUGGUAGACUGGCCAGAUGGAACCCUGUGUUCACUGCAACACAUAUGAGAUCCCGUUUAAAAUUUGCACACACAAAAGCACCUAGAGGAAUCUGAGACUUUGAGAAACCAGAUUCUCUGGUCUCAUGUAACAAAGAUUAAACGGUUUUAAAACUUUUGUGUGGAGUAAACUAGGCACCACUUAUCACCUGCACAAUAUCAUCCCAACAGUGAAUGAUGGUGGUGAAAGCAGCAUGUUAUAGGGGUGUCUUUCAGAGUCAGGGGCUGGGAGACUGGUUGGGGUUGAGGGAAAGCUGAAUGCAUCAAAAUUCCAGAGGUAUCUUAAUCUGGUCCACAGCACACAGGAUCUUAGGAUAAGCCUACCAUUCACCUUUUUAAAAGGACAAAGACCAUAAGCAAAUAGCCAAGAGUUCUGUGAAUGCCCCAGCCAGAACCCAGAAGUUAACCCAAUUAAACUUAUUUUGGAGAGCCCUAAAAUGGCUGUUUACAGAUGGUCCCCAUCAAGUCUGAUAGGACUUCAGAGGAUAUGCAGAGAUGAAUGGCAGAAAACAAGGUGUAAAAAAACAAGAGAGAGAUGACAGCGCUUAGAACAUAGUAUAGCCCAUAAGUGAGGUCACACAUAAAUCAUAUAUACGUACUUUGUAUGUCUAUGAAAUCUUUCUGUUAUACAGUGUCUGGUAUCUCAGAAACAGGAAACUAUAAUAGUGCAAUAUUUCCUUAAAAAAUUAGGAUAAACUUUGCACCAUAUGUGCAAGGUUUGUUGCAUCUUAACCAAAGAGAUUUGAUGCUGUGAACGCUGCCAAAGUACUGAAUUAAGAAUCUAAAUACUUGUGUCAAUAUGGUUUUUUCACUUUUUUAAAAUUUGGUAUGUUUUGUUAUUAUGAGGUAUUGAGCUCAUGUUGACGUGGAAAAAGAAAAAAAUGUAAAUUGUAGAAUAAGGCUGUAAUGUUAAAAAAUUUGAAAAUAUGUAUAUCUAUGCAUAUAUCUUAUUAUAAUUUUUAUAUAUAUAUAUUAUACUGGCACUCCAAGGAUUUUCAAUACGUCUUCUUCUUUAUUCUGAGAAAUACAUCAACGUUUCAGCUCCUCUAAGGAGCUUUCAUCAGGACACUCCUGAUGAAAGCUCCUUAGGGGAGCUGAAACGUUGAUGUAUUUCUCAGACUAAAGAAGACUUAUUGAAAAUCCUUGGAGUGCCGGUAUAUUUUUUUUCAUUUUUAUAUUAUUGAGCAACCAGAGCACCGGGUAACUUAAAAAACUCUUUUAGUUGGAGUGCAGGAUGGAGAUACAUAUAUAUAUAUAUAUUAUUUUUUUUUUUGAAUAAAUGAGAGCACUCAAUAGAUUUUGUUCAAUCAAAAUGUUGAUCUCUUCACCACAACACGAAUUUGAUUGAACAAAAUCCAUUGAGUGCUCUCAUUUAUUCAUUUUGUAUAUCCACGCUGUGCAGCACCUUGGUCCUUUUGGAUGAUGACUACGUUAAGGUACUAUAGAGAUAUUUUAUAUAUAUUUAUAUUGCCUUCUAAAUUUGAGUGCACCUUUUUAUUUUUUUUUCUACUGUGAUCUCUCGUGUUUCAUGUUUAAAGUGGCUGGCAGCAACGUUAGGGCUCCUGGUUUGAAGCGACGACCAUAUGGCGUCAAAACCGGACUGGCAGUAAGAAAGAUGUCGUCUUGGAAUGGCUUCAGCUCCAUGAGCCGCCUUCCACUCGGUGUGAGGGUAAGAAUUUUGUAACACUGUUUAAUAGUCAGCUUCUUGCUUUGCAAUGAGAAAUAAACAUUAACAAGAUGUUUUUACAAGUAUAGAUUAUAUAAGCUGCAAUUAUAAAAUCUAUGUUUAGUAAACAAAAAUACCCCAAAUGAAAACAUACAUUUUAUUAUGCACUUUUUAUGGUAUAUUUAAAAACACAGCUUGCAAAAGCUGCUGUUCUCUUGUCUGGUACAACUGCAAGCCCUCACCAUCUAACCCACCUAGACUUCCUGUGGCUGUUCAAUUACAGACUUCCCAGUGCAGGUUAAUGAGAAGUCUUUGCAAGGCAGGUCAUCUUGGCAAUUGUUCCCUUUUAAGAUUAGCUCCACUGAGCUAAUCAAACCAAGAAGUACUGAUUGAUAGCCAGGUUAAUUUCUAAAAGUAGCAAUUUCUAUUCAAAUCUGCAUAUAAAAAAAUGUAAAUGCACAAAUUAGGAAACUCUCUUUUCACACACAGCACUUCAGCAGGUUAUAGUGCUUUAGGGUCCAUAUUGUCCCUUUUUAAGUUGCUUUGUGUUUUUUUUGUUUUUAGCCAGGGAGUUAGCAGAGUCUAUGGUAGGGAUCUUUUUUAAAGAUAAUGUUCCUUGAUAAGAUGUCAUAGCCCUAUAUUGUGCGCUGUGCAAUGCCUGUUUCUAUUCGCAGUAAUGUUUGACUGUUGGUGGGAAAUAACAGGACAUUGCAGUGAUAAUCCUUUUCCACAUUUUGGCAAUUUGUCUUUCCAUGCAACCGAUUAUUCCCUUCUUUGUGUCGUGUAUAGCUUUUGGAAUUUCACAGAAAUUUUCAAAAUCCAUCUUCAUGAAAAGGCACAUAUAAAAAGAACACGUGUGGCUAAACACUCAGAUGUGUAACAGUUGUUUCUUUUUCCCUUUCUCGUAAAAGUUUCUCCUGAAAUUUCAUACAAUGUUUGAUUACAUUUUUAUCAUCCUAUUAAGUCCAUAUACAGUGCUCCUAAUCUCCUGCUGUGUUGUUUUUAAAAUAUUUAUUUAAAUAUUUUUUUGAAAUAUAUUUUACUUUUAGAAUUCAUCGGGUCACCCGCUGCCAUUUAGAAGGAGAAUGAAUUAUUUAAGUCCGCCGGACUUUGAGAAUAAACCUGUAUCUUCUCUACAAAGGUAUUAUUUUAGUAGGUAAGACGUAUAACGAAAACGUAUUUUAUGUCUAGGUACACAAAAUCUAGAAAAUCAAAAUAUAUAUCUAGAACGAUUAUCUUUUAACAAAAUAUUAUAGAUCUAUAUUGAUGUAACCUUAUAGACACUCUUGAGCUUCUAUGAAGAGAAUCUGUUUGAAUAUAAUACACUGUCCUCAAUACAUGUUUGUUACAGCAAUUAUACCCAAACUAACACUUUUAGAAGUGGAUUCAGAAUGAACCAUCAAAGAGAAAGUCGACAGGCCACAUUCUUCUUCAGACGAGGAUUGAAGGUAAUUGGUCCAAUAAAAUAAAGACUAUUUAUGAUAGUGCUAGCAAAGUAGCUAUUGAUGAUUAGAAAUACAGUGUAAAGACCUUGACUACACAUAUAGAGGUGUGGGUAAAAAACUGUUACAAGGUUUUACAUUGCAGGUAGUUGAUAUACAGGUUUACUGUUUUGAUUUUUAUAUAUUCGUUUUUGUUUUGUUUACGAUAUAGGUCCAAACUCAGAUGGACAGGGAUCAGCAUAUAGACUUGCAAGAUCUAAACAGCACACAGCCGUGAGUACUCCUUUAGUCAAAUUUAGAGUUUCGUGCUUUUGUUUUAUAAGAAUCCUAUGUACCAAAUACAACAGUUUUACAUGUAUUCCGUUUAAUAUUUAAUCUAAAAAAACAAAAUUAGGGGAAAAUAAGCGGUUUCUUUAGGAGUUAAAAAAAAAAAAUCCUAAUAUGCAGGGAUAUAAAUAAAACAGUGGCUUACUGAAGUGGUAUGUGAUUUGUACUUUAUUGAUCACGUUUUUUGUUUUUGUUUUUUCUUGUUUUUGUUACCUCACCUUUUAUUUGCAUUAGAUGGAGAACAUCUAUGAGCAAUGGAGGAAUUCUCACUGUGUCUAUUGAUAACCCAACAGCUGCACCAUUACCUAUGUAAGUGAUAGCCCAGUUGGGGAUAUUUUUAAAAUGGUAGCGAGCUAAUACGAAUGCACUGAUGCUGUACCAAGUCUCACAAACUGUUCACAAUUGUCAGGUGUCCCUGUUUUAGCCCAUAAAGAACCAAAUGCUACUUUUCCAUCUGCCCAAUCUGACCAUUAACAGUGAAGUUGUUCUGUUGCCAGGUCUCAGGGUACUCUUACCUUAAAGGGUUAACCAGUUAAUGAGCAGUUUAAUCCCACACACAGCUGACACCCUCAAGUGUGACUGGUUUGAGCCUCCCUGUGUGAAGCCUCAGACUAAGAAGAGAAAUAGAGUGGCAGAGCGACAUAAUGCUGUCUCCAAGAGUGUGAGAUUUAACCCAGGGCUUGGCAAAUUUGCUUGGAAUCUAGGAGUCAGCACAAAAAAUGAGGAGCCAGGUUUUCUUUUUCUCUCCUCAUUUUCAACGACAAAAAUACAAUUCUUAAAGGGGCACUAUAUCACCAGAACAACUACAGGUUAAUGUAGUGGCUCUGGUGUCUGUAGCCUAUCCCUGCAGGCUUUGUAUGGCUAAUGUAUGAAAAGGCAGUGCUUACAUUGCUGCCUAGUGACCCCCCCCAGUGACAAUAACUCAGACGGCUUCAGGGUGCUUCUUAGUCCAGCGCUACACAGUGUGCAGCACCGCCAUUCAGUGUCUGCAUAUAGGCACUGAAUGUUCCCCGUAGAUAUUCAAUGCAUCUCUAUGAGGAGAUGCUGAUUUGGCACAGCAUUUGAUUGAUAGCCAUGGAGAUGGAGCCAGCCAUGGCGAGACCGGCACACCAUGGGAGGGGGGGUGCCUGGGAUUUGUCAAGCCCUGGUUUAACCCCUUAAGGUAAGAAUGCACCCAGAACCUCACUGCACCAUAACAGAUUUGUUGCAAUGAAAUUAAGGUGCACAGACUUUUUUUUUUUUUUUGAGUUGGUAUGUCUCCACUUAAAUUCUUACAUGGUCUGUUAUUUGUGUACAGAAGCUCUUUGGGUACAAGGACGCCUCGACCGCAGCUCCCUUUCCUGUUGAAAAAGGAAGGCGCAGAAGCAAAAAUUCCCAAAGGUGUUCCUCUAGAUUUUGAUAUAAACAGUGUUGCAAAACAGGUAUGUGUGUGUUCUGCGUCCCUAUAAUGCCAUAGGUAUAUAGUGCAUUACCUUUUGGAUUUGCAAAUGAUUAAGCAGUGUAGAGCAGCCUUUGCAUAUGUUGUAUGUUAUAUGUAUAGACAUAAAUCUUUUAUUUUAUAUAUAUAAUUUUAUUUAUUUAUUUUUUUUUAGCAAACUCUAAUGAUUUAGAAAAACUGGGUAGUGAGGUUUUUCCAUUUUGAAUGUCUUUGCUCAUUACCUAGCCGUUAUUUAGCCUAUUAAGGGAAGUUGCCCUGAACAAGAGAGGAAUGCUCUGAAAUAAUAAUUUUGCUUUCACUUUGCAUUAUUGGCAGUUUGGUUAUGCUUAUGAAUAUGUAAUCUACACACUGAACUAUUACAUAAACAACUGGGUGAACAGUUAUUUACAGUUUGUUUCUUUUAAUUCUUAGACUGGAAUAACAUUAAAUGAACGCUUUAAGAUCCUGAAGGAGCAAAGAUUAUCACAGACGCUCGGCAAAGGCAGCAGAUUUGUCACCGUGGGCUGAGUCUUGCGCAAUGCAUAGGGCUGUUUGUGUUUCUGUUCCAUUUUGUUUCUCCACUUUGACUAACAAAUUGCAGAGGAAGAAGAGGUCUUCAGUGGCACCACACAACCUUGUUUUGAAUUUUGAGAGAGCUAAAGUGGACAACCCUUUUUUGUAUUGUUUUUACUGUGAAACUCCUGUAAGGGGACCAUUUAAAUAUAGAAAGGCGAUUUGUGGCUUGAAAUUGUUCAAGCACUGUUCUGUACAAAGCCUAUGUUACAGAGCCAAGAUACCAGUACAUUUACUAUUUUUAUUUUCUCUUGGUAGGUUCGUUUCCAUAUUACAAAUUCAAACCGUUGUUUUUUUGUUUUUUCACCUGUAUGUUCUUGUACAGUUUUAUUGUACAAUUUUAUUUAUGCUUUACUUACCCCUCUGGAUCCUGAAUGUCCUUUCUGAGCGGAGUGAUCAGAAUUUCCCAGUGCAGCGCAUGAGGGUCAGUAGUAGUUGUGAAAAUAUUCUUGCCAGUGUAAUGGCCUGCGUCACAAGCAAUGAAUGUGGACUGCAUACAUUUUAAGCAGCUGCAUCAUUUAUUUGGUACUUGAAAAGUAACAGUACAUUGCUGGGCUCAAUCUGAAUAUUUUUUGUUUUGGUUUUAAAAAAAAAACUCCCUACAGUUGUCCCUGUUUUCUUUCCCCUACCCCAUCUAUGUGGAUGGACCACUAAAUAAUCUGUUUUGCUUACAGAUGACACUGGCAUACAUAGAUAAUCAAGAUCAGGUUUUCUAGACAAAAUAUGAGCCAAGUUAAAAAAAUAAAAAAAAUAAAAAAAAAUAGUUGCAGAUCUCAACAAAUAUGGAUGAUGGUGUUUUGAUGAUCUUUUCAGAUUCAGGGAACUGAUCAGCGGGGCAACAUUUUUAUAUUUAAAUUGCAUAAUGAAUAUAAAGGUUCCGUAAAGACUAACUUUACGGGCCCAUGAUCAUAAAGUAUGUCUCGCUAAACAAUCUUUUUGCUACAGUUCUGCUGUUAAUGCUGUUGAUUAAACAAUGUUGUUUACCUUACUUUUUUUCAUAAUAAAAAGUUCUGCAUUCUUGUGGU